CUGGUCAUGUGAACAGAUUCUCUAUUUGCUUACGUAAGCAUAUUAAAUCCAAGAUACUGAUAAUCAGUAAAGAAUUCCGAAUGAAAUUUCAUAAAGGCUAUAUUUAGCAACAGGGAUUGAAUCAUAGCUAUUCUCGUCUAGACAGCCGUCUGGAGUGUGCAUGGUUUAGUAGUCUGCCAUAGAAAAUGCCACCAAAAAGGAGCUUUUACCCUAAAACAAAUGCUAGGAAGUCUACCCGUGGACUUUCUUGGAGUGAUGAAGAGACAGAGUGUUUGUUAUCGGUGUGGAAUGAGAAAAAUGUUGAAGAACAGCUCGAAGAUCCAAAGAGGAAUAAAGGAGCAAUAUAUACAAUUGCAGCUGAAAUGGAAAUGGAAGGAUUUCAUAAGAGUAGUGCACAGUGCAAAAUACGCAUGCACACGUUGAUGAGAACAUUUUGGGGUUGCAAGAAAAACAUGAAGACAAGUGGGAUAUUAGGACAAAGACAAGCGACUUCCCCUGUAAAGCUAGUGGAAAGCAUGGCUCGAAAUAAGCGUUUUUGGAAUGAGGACAUGACAGAUGAAAGCAAUAACUCAGAAGAAGUGGAGGUCAAUUUUGAGGACAAUAAAAGAGAUGACAACGAGACAGAGGAGCCUCCGAAAGAGAAGGAGAAAAAGCUUGACACUGAAAUGAAGAAGAUGGAGCUCGAGAAGCAGAAAUUAGAAGUUGAAGAACGACUGAAGCGAGAGGAAAGAGAUCAUCAAUUCCGGAUGAUGCAGAUGAUCAUAGGUCGUGUGAAGCAUCCCCUCCUUUCCCCCAGAAUUUCAACACCCAAGUGCCAAACAUGUUUGGAGCUACCUGGAAUCAGCCAGAUUUUUGGCUCUCAGUCCCACAAAUUCUCGAAAGAUUUUACCUCCCGCUUCAUCCUUCAUUAA